UUGUGUUGUGAUAGAUAUACCUUGUAGUCAAGAAGAUGGGUGAGAAUAAGCUGGUACUUUUGUUGGUUAUAGUAUGCCUCUCAGUGGAUGGAGCUGUUAUUACAGUGCCUCCUGUACCAGUAACAGCUCCUAUCUAUACAACAGCAACAUUUACUUGUAAAGGAGUUGGUGAUAUUUUUAAUUGGCAUGUUCAAAGUGUUGUACUGAUGGACUCUAUUGCACAACAAAGAGAAAUAACAGUCACUACUACCAAGAAUAAUAAUACUAACUUCUCAUCAGUACUGACUGUUAAUGCAAUACCUAUUAAUGAUGGCCUGGGAAUUGGCUGUGAAAUGAUUACUUUGCUUCCUUUUAAUCGUGUUAUAUCAAGCAGUGAACUAACUAUUAGGGGUAUUUCAUCUGUUAGAGAUCUUUUCAUUAACUUUUCCUCAAACAACUCACUGAUCAUAACAUGGUCACCUCCUGCUUACUUCUCUAAUGAUAUUCCCAUUGACUUUUCUGUUAGUUAUAAAAUACAUGUUACUGUUGGCGAUGAAGAAAACACAAUUAAAACCAACACAAAUUUGGUUGAAGUUCAUAACAUCACUCAAUGUGAUACAUUUAGUGUUAGUGUAACAGCACACGUUAGUCAAUACACAUCUAUUAAUGAAACAAAAGAGAAUUACGGAAAUUGUAGCAUUAAAAUUCAGGAAAUUUUUCAGACAUUUGAUGAAUCCAUUAUUUUGCUUAAAAUAAAAUGCUCACCCUUGCUGUGUAAUAAGAUUAUAUUAGUAGAAGCUUCAUAUAAUGACAAUGUUUAUUCUGAAAAUAUCCAGCUUUUUGAGAAAAGUUCAAAUGAUAUUGAUAGUUUAACUAUGAAUUAUUCAGCAGCAAACUUAUUGCCAUUUCAACACUAUCAAGUUGUAUUGAAACUAUUGAGCUUGAUGAUGAUUACUGAAGAUCAGGAUAUCAAGUUUAUCUCUACAUAUAAUGUACAAGAUCUGCUAGUAUCUACUGAAGCCAAUGGAUCAGUUAGUGUACAGUGUGUGUUUGUAUCAGGAUCAACUGCUGAUGGAUGUCAUGUGGCAUUUAAUAAUACUAGUCAUGGAAGGAAUGAAUAUUUUACUAUAACUGGAUCAGAAAGCACUAUAAUAUCAUUAUCAACCAGUGGAGUAUAUAAUGUAACUGGCUAUGAUAUUGUUAAUGGAUCAUUAUAUGGGCCUGCUGUCCAAUAUCAUAAACUGGUUGAAGUUGUAAUUAUUCCAUCAUCUUCAAUGGCAUUUGCUAGCAGUACAAAUAAAUGGUGGACAGACAAUGAAACAGUAAUGUCAUCUCCUUCAGUAUCAGCUGUUGCUUUUACAGUGCAAACCACAGUUUUAUCACCAGAAAGUAGUAGAGUACAAAUACUGCCUAUUAUAGUCUGUUCAGUAGUGGGUGCAGUUCUGAUUUUUAUUUUAAUAAUUGUGCUAAUCACUAUUGCAGCUUUUUGUAUGAGGCGAAAAAACAGAAAUGAAGUAACUGAAGAAAUAAUUGAUAAUAAUCCAGCAUAUGGACAAGUUUUACAGGUGCAAAAUCACCACUCUAAUCAGAGGUCGAGUGUCAAAAUUGAUGUUAAUCCAGCAUAUGAGACAGUCAGUGCAGCAUAUGGACAUAAACACAUCACUGAUACCAUAGAUUAUGAAACUGUUUUGUGAUUUUUAUUCAGUGAUUUGAGUUUUUGAAGCAUAAAAUACACA